AUGAGUUUGUCAAUAUUUUUAAUCCUUCUAGGCUUUAUUGAUGCUUAAAAUAAAUGGUAAAUAAUCGAUAGUUUUUUAUACUCAAAUUAAGUAUUUAGCUCCUCUACAAGCUAUUUUACCUUACCCUCUUCAACAACUUUAGCUUAGUUUAUUACGUGCACUACACCUGCAACAAGUUAUAUAACUUUAAAUACCACCAAUCCUUCUGUUGAGAGUAAAUAUUGGAACUAUUACAAAAGUGGAACUUUUAUUGUCUUUGAUUUAUUUUUUUAGGGUACAUGGGAAAACCAAGCCGUAAUUUUUUCAAUAGAUAUAUUUUCAUACUCAUUUUACUACACUUCCCCUACAACAUAUCCAAUCAAAAGUGAAUUUUGUGAUAAUCUAGCUACUGAUUUCAGAACUAUAAAUUUUACAUUAACAAUAUCUACAUCAGAAAAAAUGAAAUUCACUUCAACAGGUUAAGGUGAUGCAUAAGUUUCAAUUAAGAAUAUUUACAUUUUAAGAAUUAAAUGCUGCCCAUCAUGUAGUCAAUGUACAGGCUCACAAUUUAACGAAUGCACCCAAUGUUAUUAUGGAAAUCCUACUAAUAAUAUUUGUCCUACUUGUCCAUCAAAUUAAUAUUAUAUGAGGUUUUGGGGAUGUAAAAAUAUUUGUGACAUGUAUUCUCCAAUAUAUUAAGAUGGAUUCUGCUAAAAUUAUCCAAGUAUUUAUUUUGAAUCAAAUAUAUUAGUUAGCUUAAUAGAAUAUGAUUAUGCUUAUAUUAGAUCUUCUGGUAAUUUGAACUGGUCACCUAUAUAUGAUCCGUUAAAUAUUGAUAUCUCUCCAACAUUCUAAUAUGCUGUUGGGGAAUUUUAUGGGAUAUUUAAAUUUAAUUCUGGUUUCUUCUAUUUUUUCAAUAAAAUAUCUAACUAUACUUUUGCAACUUAUCUAAUUGGAUUGGAAGUUGUAAUUAAGACAUUUAAUGAUAUUCCGUUAAAUUGUGGGAUAUAAUUUAAGAUUAAUAAUACUUAUUAUGGAUCAAUUUAUAAAAAUGAUUAAGGGAUUCAAACACAUAAAUUUAAAAUCUAUGAAAUAUUUAAUUAUGGUUAUUAAUAAUCUUAUUCCUCAAUCAAAGAUUAUCAAUUAAUUACUUAUUUAGACAUCCCUUAAUUACCAAUAUUAUUUUCAGCUAUUGGAAAUUAUAGGUAAAUAUAAAUUUAUUAGAUUAGUGAUAACACAGCAGGAUGGGGUAUUUAUUCAGUUCAUAUAACUUCAGGAUAUUGUUCUCAAUUUUGUUUAAUAUGUGAAGUAUCGUUUAAAUGUAAAACUUGUGCUAAUGGAUUUUACUAAUUUAGAGAUGGUAGUUGCAUAGACGGUUGUUCAAAUUCUUACUAGAAAUUAAAUGGAUCUUAUUGUUAAGAUUAUGAUGAUGAAACACCAUGUAAAUCAUUUCUCGUAAUAUAGAUUCUAAAUAUUUAAUAGAAGAAUAUACAAAUGAAGUCACUAAUCCUGAAUAGUAUGCAUAAUAUAAUUUACUAUCUGCAAAUGGAACAAAUUUUUUAAAAGGAUCAGAUAUAUAUUAUUCAUAUUGGUAAUCCUAUAGAGUUUUUGGAGGGCCUUUUGUAUGGGCUUAAGCUAAAUUCUAGAGAAUUCAUAAUAUAGUUAAUCCGCAUCACAGUAUCACAAUUGGAUUUUACAUUAUUUAUGGACCAUAAUUUCCAUCUGAUGGAAGAUUUAUAUAUACAAUUGAAAAUAAUGAACCAGUUUCUAAAUCAAAAACAAAUAAUUUGCCAUCUUAUCUUGAUGGAUCUAAAUAAGAUAAAGUAUAUGAAAGAAUAUCUCACAAUACAAAUACUUUAAUGCUGACUUGGGAAUGUUUUGGAGUAAACAAUGAACCAAUACAUGCUUAUUGUGGAUUUCAUAAUUAUUACAUUGCUGUUCAUUAUUGCUAACCUUAUUGUUUAUAAUGUUAAGAUCAAAAUACAUGCACAUCAUGGAACACUACUUAUAAUGCAGCUAUUGUAAGAUUUUCUUAAUCUGAAUGUUAAAUUAAUCACUAUUUUGACAGAGAUUCAUUUAGAUGUUUAUAGUGCCUUUAGCCUUGUUUAACAUGCACAUCUAAAAUAGAUUGUUUAACAUGUUAAUCUACUUAUACUUUAACUAGAAUAGGAUGUGUUUGUUUAAUGAAUUAAUAUGAAGAUUAAAAUCAGUGUUUUGAUUGCCCAAUUGAAUGUAAUUAAUGUCUAAGUCCUACAUUAUGUCUAGAGUGUUUAAUUAAAAAUAAUAGAUAAUUAGUGAAUGGAUAAUGUAAUUGUAUAAAUGGAUAUUAUCCAAUUGUAUCAAAUCCUUAAUGUUAAUAAUGCCAUAAAUUUUGUAAGACUUGUACUGGACCUAAAUCAAGUGAAUGUUUAACAUGCGCUAAUAUUAUUAACAUUUAAUAGAUGGGAUCAACAUGUAGUUGCCCAUCAGGAUUUAAUUACUAAGAUUUAAUAAAAACGUGUUCUUUAUGUCAUUAUUCCUGUUUAACUUGUUUUAGAUUAACAAUUGAUGGUUGUUUAACAUGCAAUCCUACUCAAAAUAGAAUAUUAAAAGGAUUAAAAUGUGAAUGUGCACCUGGAUAUUAUGAAUUAAAUAAUGUUUGUACAAGUAUUUAUAAUCUUAAUAAUCAUAGAUUGUCCAACUUAAGUAGAUGUAUCUUUAAUUCAAUGUUAUAAAUAAUGUAAUAAUAAUUAAUAAAUAUGGCAUACAAAUAUCUGUAAUACUUGUGAUUCUGGAUAUCAAUUAGUAUCUGGUGAAUGCAGACCUAUUUGUGGAGAUUCACAAGUAAAAGGAUAUGAAUAAUGUGAAGAUGGCAAUAAUAUUUUAGAUGAUUUAUGCUAUAAUUGUUAAUUUUAAUGUCCAGUUUAAUGUUAAAUAUGUGAUUAAUCAACUACAUUACCAUGCCCAGAUGUUUGCGGAGAUGGAGUAAUUACAGGAAUUGAAUAAUGUGAAGAUGGAAACAAUAUCCAGUAUGAUGGCUGCUUUAAUUGCUAAUAUUAAUGUUAACUUGCAUGCAGUAAAUGUAUAAAAGGAGAAUGCUUUGAAUGUGCAACUCCAGGAUGGUUUGUUGAUCCAUUAGUUAUUCCUUGGUAAUGCUAAGAAAAAUGUGGAGACGGACUUAUAGUUGGUAGUGAAUAAUGCGAAGAUGAUAAUUCAGAUGAUACAGAUGGAUGCAAGGAUUGUAAGUAUUAUUGUAGGAUUGGUUGCUCUUCUUGUGAUUAUACUAAUAAUAUUUGUUUAAGUUGUGAAUCACCUGCCUUUGUUCCAUAUUCUUAUUAUUGUAAAAAUAUUUGUGGAGAUGGUUUAGUUGCAAAUGAUCCUUCUGGAUUCUAUUCAGAAGAAUGUGAUGAUGGUAAUACAAUUGAUGCUGAUGGUUGUAAUACUUUUUGUAAAUUUUAAUGUCAACCAUCUUCAAUCUGUACUUCAUGUGUAAAUAAUAGAUGUGAACUUUGUGCUUCUGAAUAUUUUCUAUCGAAUAAUUAAAUAUGUAUUCCAAUUUGUGGAGAUUCAAUAUAAGUACCUGGUGAAUCAUGUGAAGAUGGAUUAAUAUUGCCUUACAAAGGUUGUUAAAAUUGCUAACCAAGAUGUUAAACUUCAUGUCUUAAUUGCUCUACUAGUGGACUUGGUUGUAAUUAAUGUAAAAUAGGUUAUAAUAAAAUUAAUUAUUUAUGUUAUUCAGUCUGUGGUGAUAAGAUUGUGACAGAUGAUGAAUAAUGUGAUGAUGGCAAUCUGAUUUUAGGAGAUGGUUGUCAUUUUUGUUAGUUUAGUUGUUAGGAUUCAUGUCUUAAUUGCAUUAAAGGAUUCUGUUAUGAUUGUUUAGACGGUUACGUUUAUAGUAACUUUUACAAUAAUUGUCUUCCAUUCUGUGGAGAUGGAAUUAUUCUAGAAAAUGAAUAAUGUGAUGAUAAUAACUAAAUAAAAUAUGAUGGAUGUUUUAAUUGCUAAUUUUAAUGUCAUGAAAUGUGUAAUGUUUGUUAAGAUGGAAAUUGUAUGUCAUGUAUUUCUAAUUAUUAAUUAAUUGAUAAUAAAUGUAUUGUUAUUUAAGAAGUUAAGGAAGAUCAAUACUUAUUUGAAGAUGAUAAAAAUGAUAAAGAUGAAAACUACACAUCCCUUCAGAAUAAUCAAGAUUCUAAUAACUUGUUUGACAGUGUAUGUAGAAAUAAUGAAUGUGUAUAUUCCCCAAAACCCUAAAUGCAACUUUCUUAUACUAAUUAUAAUUUUAACAUCUAGUAGAUACUUAUUAAUUUUGAUUAAAAAGUUAAACUCAUAAAUUAACAGACAAUCUAAAUGGGAUUAUUUAAUACAGUUAAAUUAAUCUUGAUAUCUAGAUUAUUAGAAUUUUAUAAUUUAAAUUAAUUUUAAUAAUCAUUUAAUAUUUUUUAACAACUGUUGUUUCUUUCAGUUAUCUAUUUAUCAAAAAUAUACGAAUUUAUAAAUUUCAUAAAGUAGGUGAAAUUUUUUUAAAGUUCUCUAACCAGUUUUAUUACGAUAGAGGAUUUAGAUGUUGCCAAUUAUAAUAUCAAACUUUAAUCAAUUUAAGAUUUUUCUUAUGAUUUAGAGCAAGUUUAAUAUGAAGUUGCUGUCGAAAUAUUGAUACCUCUUUAAAAUAAACCUAAUCUUAUUGUUUCAUUAAUUUAAGAUGUAGUUAAUUCUAAUAAUUAAACAAUCAACAACACUUAAUAAUCAAUUAAACUUAGAUUACCUUAAAUUCUUUCAGAAGAAAUGAGACUAUAUUUUAUUUCAACUAAAAAAUCGAACAUUGCAUUUCUGAUUGGUACUAUUUCAAUCGGUUUUAUAUCCUUAUUAUCUGGAGAAAGCUCUGUAUUUUUAGAAAUACUUAGUAUCCUUCAAUAUUAAUCUUUUUUUAGAUAUAUUAACGUUGA